AUUAAUAGUCCACGACUCUCCUUUCUUCUCUUCUUCCCUCGAACCCCAAAUCCCAGAACCUCAACAACCACCGCCGCCAGAAAUAUGGCCAAGCGUUUGAUCCCAACCCUCAACCGAGUCCUCAUCGAGAAAAUCGUCCCGCCCUCCAAAACCACCGCCGGCAUUCUCUUGCCGGAAUCUUCGACCAAGCUCAACUCAGGGAAGGUGGUGGCUGUGGGACCAGGAACGAAAGAUAAGGCUGGAAAUGCGAUCCCUGUGGCUGUCAAAGAAGGUGACACUGUUCUCUUGCCCGAGUAUGGUGGUACCCAAGUGAAGCUUGGUGACAAAGAGUUCCAUUUGUACAGGGAUGAGGACAUUUUGGGCACUCUUCAUGACUGAGUUAUUUGGUAUUGUGUUUUUCUUGGCAAUUAUGCUGUUAAGAGACGUAAUUGGUAAUUAGUGAACUGGAAUAAUUUCUCAUGGAUUUUAGUUUACGCUGGAAUGAGAUACUUUCCAGCUUGUAAUGGAUUUGGAUUCAGAAUAUGAAUUAUGGGAUGUUAUUGAACUUGUAAUUGGGUCUAAAUUCACUGCAUUUCCCAUGACUUCGUUUUGUUCAUGUACUUUAAUUUGGGUAAUAGUUGAUUCAACUGAAUGCUGGCUAUACUUGUCUAUUUUAUUCUUGAA